AUGGAUACCUUUAUACCCUUCCUAACCCUCCCAUCGGAACUCCGAAUCAAGAUAUGGAAAUUCGGCUUCCCAGAACCCCGCGUCGUCCCAGUCCGCUUUAACCGCGCCAGCCAGCAAUACACAUCGACGACCGCGCCCCCAGCCCUCGCCCACGCCUGCUCUCAAUCACGCUCGAUAUUUCUCGAGACGUACACGAAACUCGUGCUCUCCCCGCGCUACACAUCCACCGUAUUCGUCGAUUUCGCGCGCGACACCCUCUUCUUCGACAACCUAGACUGCAGUCCCGACGGAGACCUCUCCUACGACCUAGCGCUAAGCCCCCACGCAGACCAGAUAUUGAAUUUAGCUGUGGAUGCGCAGUUAUGGGAAGUGUUAAGGGUUUUCAAAUAUGAUUCGCUGAGCGAGGUUAAAUUGAUGCGGAAUCUGCGGACGGUGGCCCUGGUUAUGUCGAAGGAUUAUGAUAGGGGGCUACAAAGGAGGAUGGAUGACGAUGGGACGCAGAGUCUGUUUAUUGAUGUUGAUGCGAAUACGGUGGGCUCGGAGAUCAGGCAUGUGCAUUGGUAUGUGGAGAGCUUGAGGUGGGAGAUGAAGAAUAGGCAGGAGGAGUAUUGGGAUGGGAAUACACCGGUCAUUCAGAUGUGGCUUUUGUGA